AUGAAACGGAGUCCGUUCUUUGAUCAUUCACUGAAAACUGUGGUGAGUCCAUCCUCCGUUCCUUCAACUCAAGAUGAUCCUAUUGUCAUAGAUGAUGUAACUUCUUCUCCUGAUGAUUCUGCCUUUGCAUCUUUCAAGAAAGGCAUGCUAUCAUUAUUCAGGGGGAUAUCAACUCCAAUAUUAGAAAAAUUAUUUGAUGACUACAAAGGCUCCGAUAGUCCACUUGCCGAGGCAACAAACGCAUAUCUAGACAAUCCUGACUAUUACAAACUGUCGCCCUUCACAAACGUGAGUUCUCGUAAGCAUAAGGCUCCAAGUCUUCUGGAUAGCAACAUUGUGAAAAAAAAGAAACUUGCAAUGAAUGUUAAACCAUCAACGAGCAUAUUAACUAUAUCCGAAGAACCUAACGAUGAUUCUUGUGUGUCUUCAGCAGGAGAUGUAUCAGAUAAUUGGCGAAAAUACAUUGGAAGUUUUGAUGUUGAUUGCUGGUGCACGCGUACAGUCGUGAGCUCGUCUUUAUUUGGUGAUGGCCAUCUCAUAUUUGAAGUCCACAAAACAAACGAUAAUGUUGUGUAUAUUAAGCUGGCCGAAACAGGUAGAGCCUUAAGAGAAAUUGGACGUGUAAACGAAGAUGUUGCAGUGUGUCUUGGACCUUUGUUAAGAGCACAUAUUCUAUAUGUGACCUUAGAGCCAUAUUACUUUCCAGGUGGAAUAAUGCAUAUUGGUGAUACAUUCAUCAUGCAAGUGCAUUGCUUUGUUGAAUCGGUUCUUUUUUCCCAAUCUGAUAAUUCCAACAAGAAUCUUUUACAUGCUUUGAAAUAUUCAGAGGGAAACCAUCUUAAAUCAAAAGACGAAUCUUUAGAUGCUUUUACCAUCAGGAAACGUACUUCAAUCUUUGACUUGUUCCGUAGAGUUGGAAUCAGUACGCCUGCUAUUCCUAGAAGUGGAGGAGUCAAAAAUGCCCAAAUUGUCGAUCUCUCGGAUUCCGGAAAUGAUGAUCAAGAGGAUUUAAAUUCAAAUGAGUUCACCAUGAAUAAAAUCAAAGAUUUGUAUGGGACCAAUCAAUCAGCGGCAAUAAAGUAUGAAUGGCCAGAAACCUCCCCAUCAGACUUCAAUCUUGAACUCCGGCCAUACCAGAAGCAUGGACUUAGCUGGAUGCUUCACAGGGAAAACGAAGACAAAAAAAUUGCCGGUGGUAACUUAUCAAAAAGUGAAAAUGAUAUUGACAAGGCUAUCAACCCCCUAUAUAGAGAGUAUAAGUGGCCAUCAGUACCAAAGAAUCUAAAGCAAUACGAGGUGCUUAAAGGAGAAUUUGAAGGAUCAUUCUAUAUAAAUUUAUAUGAUGGUUCUUGCUCAUUCAAGAGACCGACUCUCAAUUCAGGUUGUGUGGGCGGUAUCUUGGCUGAUGAGAUGGGACUCGGUAAAACUAUAACUACCCUCUCAUUGAUAUUUUCGUGCCCAUACGACACUCACAUUACUGAUGUUCAGUCCCAAUUAUCAGAAAAUAGAAGUUAUGCUUCGGGUACCACAUUGAUUGUGGUCCCUAUGGCAUUGUUGUCACAGUGGGAUAAAGAGUUCACUCGUGUAAAUGGCAGUGUUGAGAAGCACUGCUUCGUGUAUUAUGGUACAAACAUUGUUGAUGAUUUACCAAAUUUGCUUUGCAAUAACUCAAAAGCACCAACCGUGAUUUUAACGACAUACGGAAUAGUUCAAAGUGAGUGGUCUAGGAUAGAAAGUAAGGACACAUCGAAGGGCUUAUACUCAGUUGAUUUUUUUAGAAUUAUUCUUGAUGAAGGUCAUAUAAUUCGAAAUAGAUCGACUAAAACAGCCCGUGCUAUCUAUGCACUUGGCGCUAGGCGAAAAUGGAUUUUAACUGGUACCCCCAUUGUCAACAGAUUGGAAGACUUGUAUUCGUUGAUUCGAUUUCUUAACUUCGAACCUUGGUCAAACCAUUUUCUUUGGAAGCAUUUUAUUACUGCUCCUUUCGACACUGGUAAAGACUUACCGCUUGCCUUUACUUUGUUGAAAUCUAUCCUUGAUCCCAUACUUUUGAGGCGCACAAAAGGUCAGAGAGGAAGAAAUGGUAAGCUUCUUGUUGAGCUACCACCUAAGGAGGUUGUCCUUGAGAAACUCAAGUUUAAUGAAAAAGAGGAAAUUCUUUAUAAUUGGUUAAAGGCAAGAGCAGUUACCACAUUUAACGAAAAUUUCAGGAAGGGACUGUUGUUAAAAAAUUACUCGUCGAUAUUAACGCAGUUGCUCCGUUUACGUCAGGUGUGUGAUCAUAUCGAUUUGAUUAAAACGCAAGAUACAGGCGAUGCAUCUGGGGAAAAUGAAGCAUUCAAGGAUCGCAUGAGUCUCAGAAAUGACAUUAUAAGCAAAGAAGAUAAAGAGGCUUUAGCGAUGAUAAAAAGUAUAGAGCAAAAAGAGGUAGCGGGGAGAAUGAGUUUAGAGGAAAUGAAGCACACUAAAACAGAAAUAUACAAGUUGUAUCCAAAUUUUGAUGGUAUUGAAUGUUCAAUAUGCACGGGCCCCAUCGACCCACGGAAUUGUGUUAUUACAGAGUGUAAGCAUUGCUUCUGUGCCUCCUGCUUGAAAGAGCAUUUUGACUUUCAAGAGCAACAUCAGAACAUUUUAGAGACCGAAUAUAGUACCGAGGAAGUAUCUAAUGUGAACUCACACUCAAACAAUGUAAAGGUUUUAUGUCCGAUGUGUCGAGCAGAAAUAAAGAAAAAUCGUCUUUUUAAAACUGUUCCAAAGAAUUUGGGUGUCCAGUUGACUAAACAAUCGCAAGACAUGCUUUUAACUCAGGUUGGCAGUUCUAAUUCCGAUAGACAAUACACAGUUAGACCGUUUGACCCUUAUGGAACGUCAUCGAAGCUGAAUGCACUUCUUUCACAUUUGGACCAAAUAAGAGAAGAGUCACCUGGUGAUCAUGUAAUAGUGUUUUCUCAAUUCACAAGUUUUUUGGACAUAAUAGAAAAAGAACUUGCCAAUUAUGGUUCAGAGUUUGUGGUUUAUAAAUUUGAUGGACGCUUAAGCAUGGAAGAACGGCAAAAGGUCCUUACUAAUUUUGAAAAGGAAUGUGAUGCGAAGAAGUCUAUUAUUUCAAUAUUACUUCUUAGCUUGAGAGCGGGUGGUGUUGGCUUAAAUCUCACGGUUGCCUCCAAGGCAUUUCUUUUAGAUCCUCACUGGAACAAUGCGGUAGAAUUUCAGGCUAUAGACCGGUUGCACAGGGUUGGUCAGAAAAAGAGCGUGAAAGUGGUUCGUUUCGUCAUGCAGGGAAGUAUAGAAGAGAGAAUGUUGGAUAUUCAAACUAAGAAAAACCGUUUAGGUGAAGCACUAACCUUGAACGAUGAGGAAAGAAGAAAGAAGAGGAUUCAAGAAAUUCAAAGUAUAUUUAAGGAUUAA